AUGGCUUCUACUAUCCAAAACGCGCCGGCUUCUCAACAGCCUGGUCCAACUAUGCCCAAUGAGAUGAACCCGCAAAUACAAGCUCUGUUACAGAGAUACAAACAAAUGAAGGAUCAGGGCGUGUCGGAAAAAGAUCCCGAAUUCAUAAAGGUUCACCAAACUCUUUCGACCUUUCGCAUGCAUCGGCAGAAAGCUGCAUUUGCACAACAGCAACAACAACAGAUGAUGCAGCAGCAGCAACAACACCAAAAUGCAAAUAGUGUCGCGGCAAAUGGUUCGAAUUUACCCCGACCUCCAUCUACCUCGAGCUCUGUCUCUAACGCACAAGUACCUGCUACAUCCUCACUUGGCCCUUCGGCGAUCCCCGCGACUGCAGCAAGCUCUGCCGCGUCUAAGGUAGUCGUUGGAUCUCAGAAGCCAUCUGGGAGUGCUGGCUAUUUCUCGCCAGAUCAAUUGGCUAUGCUAAAGCACCAGAUUUACGCCUUCAAGUGUCUGUCGAAGAACUUGGGGAUUCCAGCGCAAACUCAGCAACACUUAUUUGCAUCUCAAAAGAAGCUACCUGUGCCGAUCGAGCAAGCGCUGGCUGCCCCUCAACAGUCUGGCGAGGAUGCCCAGUCUACCGUCAAUGGAGUAGAAAGUACCGCUGUUCAAAAAGUUGACGGACCCAAAAUCCACGAGUAUACCGGAUUUCAAGACCCGCGUGAGGGACUUCUGAAACAAAUUAGCUAUGGUACGCACAAGCUUCGACAAAAGCGACCCAUAAUUCCAUCUAUCUUCCCAACUGGUGUCAACAUUGAAGAGCUUCGUCAAAGACGCGCCGACAUUAUUCACAAUCGCAUGAAUGCGAGACUCAAUGAAUUGAGAUCAUUGCCUGCAAAUAUUGCGCAUCUGGAUGCGCGUGAUGAUGAAAUGGUGCCAGAUGACUCUCUCAGGCGCAAGGCUCUGAUUGAGAUGAAAAUGUUAGCAUUGUACGAUAAACAGAAGGCGUUGCGUGAGAGAGUCGGUAGACAAAUGGUUCAAUACGACAAUCUAGCGAUGACGGCCAACAGAAGCAUGUAUCGCCGCAUGAAGAAACAAUCACUUCGGGAAGCUAGGAUUACCGAAAAGUUGGAGAAGCAGCAGCGCGACGCUCGUGAAACUCGGGAGAAGAAGAAGCACACUGAUUAUCUACAAACUGUCCUCAACCAUGCUCGUGAGGUCAACUUGGCUGGCCAAAAUCAGAGACAGAAGAUGGUCAAACUGGGCCGUAUGAUGGUAACUCAACAUCAGAAUAUCGAAAAGGAAGAACAAAAACGCAUCGAGCGAACAGCAAAGCAACGUCUCGCAGCUUUGAAAUCGAACGACGAGGAAGCAUACCUGAAAUUGUUAGAUCAAGCAAAGGAUACUCGUAUUACCCACUUGCUCAGACAAACAGAUGGCUUCUUGUCUCAACUUGCUGCAUCCGUCAAGGAACAACAACGAAAAGCAGCCGAGCGUUAUGGUGAUGACUUUGAGGAGGACGAGUCUGAAGACGAGGAUGAGGAAGAACAGGAUACUCGCAAGAUUGAUUACUACGCUGUCGCCCAUCGUAUUAAAGAAGAAGUCAACAAACAGCCUGGCAUUCUUGUCGGCGGUACUCUGAAGGAAUACCAAUUGAAGGGUUUGCAAUGGAUGAUUUCACUGUACAACAACAAUUUGAACGGUAUUUUAGCAGAUGAGAUGGGUCUCGGUAAAACUAUCCAGACCAUCAGUUUGCUCACAUAUUUGAUUGAGGUCAAAAAACAGAACGGUCCUUUCCUGGUUAUUGUUCCGUUGAGUACCCUGACCAAUUGGACUCUUGAGUUCGAGAAGUGGGCUCCAGCUAUUGGAAAGAUUGUUUAUAAAGGUCCUCCAAACACAAGAAAGCAACAGCAAAAUCACCUUCGUUAUGGAAACUUCCAAGUACUUUUGACUACAUACGAAUACAUCAUCAAGGACAGACCAAUUCUGAGCAAGAUCAAAUGGGUGCACAUGAUUAUCGAUGAAGGUCAUCGUAUGAAGAACUCACAGUCGAAACUCAGUGCUACUCUCACACAGUACUACACUACUCGCUAUCGUCUUAUUCUUACCGGUACUCCUCUCCAGAACAAUUUGCCAGAACUUUGGGCAUUGCUCAAUUUCGUUCUACCCACCAUCUUCAAGUCUGUCAAAUCUUUCGAUGAAUGGUUCAAUACUCCCUUUGCCAACACUGGUGGUCAAGACAAGAUGGAGCUCACUGAAGAAGAACAGAUUCUUGUUAUUAGACGUCUCCACAAAGUUUUGCGACCUUUCUUACUUCGUCGUCUUAAGAAGGAUGUCGAAAAGGACCUUCCAGACAAGACUGAAAAGGUUAUCAAGUGUAAAUUCUCGGCUUUGCAAGCCCGCCUCUACAAACAAAUGGUUACACAUAACAAGCUAGUUGUAAGCGAUGGAAAGGGAGGCAAGACCGGAGCUAGGGGUUUGAGCAACAUGAUCAUGCAGUUGCGAAAACUUUGUAACCAUCCUUUCGUGUUUCGCGAAGUUGAAGAUCAAAUGAAUCCAACGGGCUACAUCAAUGAUUCUUUAUGGCGAAGUGCAGGAAAAUUUGAGUUGCUCGACCGCAUCUUGCCAAAGUAUCAAGCAACUGGACACAGAGUUCUGAUGUUCUUCCAAAUGACGGCCAUCAUGGACAUUAUGGGAGAAUUCCUAGAUUACAGAGGUAUCAAAUUCAUGAGAUUGGAUGGUACAACUAAAUCUGAUGAUCGUUCGCUUCUCCUAAAGGAGUUCAAUGCACCGAACUCCGAAUACUUUUGUUUCUUGCUGUCAACUCGUGCCGGAGGUCUCGGUCUGAAUUUGCAGACCGCUGACACUGUAAUCAUCUACGAUUCAGAUUGGAAUCCUCAUCAAGAUUUACAGGCUCAGGAUCGUGCUCAUCGUAUUGGUCAAAAGAACGAAGUUCGUAUUCUUCGACUCAUCAGUUCCAACUCGGUCGAGGAGAAAAUCUUGGAAAGAGCAAAGUUCAAGCUUGAUAUGGAUGGCAAGGUCAUCCAAGCUGGUAGAUUCGAUAAUAAAUCUUCUGAGACUGAUCGUGACGCGAUGCUUAGGGUUAUGUUAGAAACAGCCGAAGCCGCUGAGUCUAUGGAGCAGGAUGACAUGGAUGAUGAAGAGCUUAAUGAGAUUUUAGCACGCUCUGACGAGGAAAUUGUCAAGUUCCGAGAAAUGGACGAGGAAAGAAACAAACAUCUUUUAUACGGCAAUAAUCCUCAAAGCAAGCGUAUUCCUCGUCUCAUGGCCGAAAGUGAACUCCCUGAGAUAUACAUGUCCGAUGGAAAUCCUAUAUCUGACGAGCCAGAGGCACCAGUAGGUCGUGGCCAAAGAGAGCGCACACGUGUCAAGUAUGAUGAUGGCCUUACAGAGGAGCAAUGGACCAUGGCCGUGGACGACGAUGAGGAUUCACCAGAAGCAGCAGCAGCCCGUAAAGCAGCUAGAGCAGAUCGUCGUGAACGAAACAAGAAGAGAAAGGCAGGUCAAUUGAACGGCCCUCUUUCACCAGCUGGUAGUCGUGAUAGCUCCGAAGAUCCUGAACCCGAGCCUGAGCCGACACCCAAGAAGGGACGUGGACGCAAGCCAGGCUUUAAGGUUGAGAAGCGCAAAGCCGAAGACUUUGAUGAGGAACAACCACCGCCAAAGCGAAAGCGUGGUGGUCCUGGGCGCCCACCAAGAAUCCCCAACGGAGAUAUCUUGACGCCCAAGACUCGAGUGACUCUCCAGGCCAGUUUGAAGAUAGUCUUUGAUCAUCUGAUGCACCUAAAAUCUUUGCCUGAAUCUCCAGACUCACAAGGAGAGCAAACAGCACGCGAGAUCAUAUUCCCGUUUGUUUCCUUGCCGUCGAAGAAAGAUUUCCCAGAUUAUUAUUUGAUUAUCAAGGAACCAAUCGCUAUGAAGCUCAUUGAAAAGAAAAUCAACAAGAGAGAAUACAAUAGUCUGCAGGAUUUCAAGAAAGAUAUCGACACUCUCUGCACCAAUGCUAAGACAUAUAACGAGGAUGGUAGCUUGAUCUAUGUUGAUGCUGUUGCGAUCAGCGAGGAAUGUGAAUCUCGAAUUCAAGACGAAAUCAACGAGCAUCCGGAACUUGGUCCUGACGGCGAUGAGACCUCACGCAAUGGCGGCUCGACGGCUCCUACUACGAGUGCUGGAACUCCCAUGCCAGCACCCGGGCCAAGCACAAAGUUGAAGCUUACAUUUAACAAGCAGCCGGCUAAUGGCAGAAGUAGUAGUAUGCAAACUGAUGACGACGAUGACGAUGAUGAUGAGUAG